AUGCAAGAGACUCCGGAGACAUGGAUUCUAUCCCUGGGUCAGAAAGAUAUCCUGGAGGAAGGCAACCCACUCCAGUAUUCUUGCCUGGAGAAUCCCCUGGACAGAGGAGCCUGGCGGAAUACAGUCCACAGGGCUGCAAAGAGCUGGACACGACUGAAGCACACAAUUCACAGAGGUCUGCUCUUUGGAACUCAGGGAAGGUCUAGAAGGGUGAAGCCUUUUCCCUACAAACAAGAAAUGAGGGACACAGAAAGGCUUUGUACCCAGGAAGGCCCCACAGAGACCUGCUCUGUCUCAAUAUUUCAUUUCCUUUUACUUCUGAAACUUAGUGAAAGUUACUAA